GGAAGGAACCAUCUCGCUGUGUGUAAACAUGACUUCCAAGCUGGCGGUGGCUCUCUUGGCAGCCUUCCUGCUUUCUGCAGCUCUGUGUGAAGGUGCAGUUUUGCCAAGGAGUGCUAAAGAACUUAGAUGUCAGUGCAUAAAGACGUACUCCAAACCUAUCCACCCCAAAUUUAUCAAAGAACUGAGAGUGAUUGAGAGUGGACCACACUGCGUCAAUACAGAAAUUAUUGUAAAACUUUCCGAUGGAAGAGAGCUCUGUCUGGACCCCAAGGUACCAUGGGUGUCUAGGGUUGUGGAGAAGUUUUUGAAGAGGGCUGAGAGUCAAAAUUCAUAAAAAAACAAUGCAUUCUCCAUGGUAU